AUGAUCGCCCUGAUCGUGUUAAUGGUGUUCCUCGCCUUGGAUAAGGCUGAGGGCUUCAAGGAGCACGAGUUCAAGAAAUGCAAGGACGCGUCGUUCUGCGACCGCAACCGCGGCAAGGCCGGCCGCAAGUUCACGGUCGACCCCGCCAGCGUCGCCGCGUCGGGCGCCGCGCUGUCCGCCGCGCUCAUCAGCGACGCGCCGCCGGCCCCCGGCGGCGGCGGCGGCGCGGCUGCGGGGCCGCCAAGAUUCAACCUCACGCUUCUGUCUUAUGGCGGCACUGUCAGGCUGCUGGUGGAUGAGCCAGGGGCCGGGCGCUACCAGGCCGUCAAAGGCGCGUGA